AUGCUUAAGAAAUGGCUAAAGCUUAUACGAGAGCGAUUAGAAAAAAUGCCAAAAAGCGACCAACCAAAGCGUAAAAACAACAACAACAACAGCAGCAACAACAACAAAGUCAAAAACAUCAAAAGCGUCAAAUUUACCAAAAGCGACGACAGUGACGACGACGAUGUCGGAACAAACUACGUCAUCGAAAAUGAAAAAGAUGAUGAAGACGACGACGACGAUUACUCAGAUCUGGAACGCGAGAAAAUGGAUGACUACGAAAUACCGAGUGUAGAGUCCGGUAAGGAGUCGAUAAUAAAUGAAAAGCUGAACAAGAGAUGGGACGCAGUUCCGUUACCAGCAAUUCCAGUGGAUCAAAAACGAUCAAAAAAUAGUCGGAAUAAUCAAGAGGACGAAGGAGACAAUUCAAUGGCCAUAUACAAUGAACCCGAUGAGCUACCAGCGACCACCACAAAAUCGCGGUCGUCCUCGUCGACAACCACACCGCCAACCACUACCAGCGUCUCAAAAAUUAGCAGCAAACUCGCCGGCAGAAUAGCCGCUGUUGAAAAUAAUGUCGCUAAUUCUAUUUUACCAAAAGCACCCAAGCUACCAGCGAAAAAACCGCCACCGACACCGUUAAAAUAUGAGCCAACAUUUCCUAAUCAAGAACGACGCAGUCAGGACAACAACAACGCAAGGACACCAGAUAAACCAAAAGAGAAACCGCCCACACUUAAAAAACCCGGCAGACCAGAGAUGAAAGUAAGCCCCCAGGUUCAAACACCAAAGCCCGCAGUCCCCGGACCAGACGUUGAGCCUGUGUAUGAAAUUGACAGUCUGUCAGUAAAUUAUUCAGCGUUGGUGAAUAAAGCAAUGUGGAACAAGGAUCCAAAUAAGGCUACUGAAGUCAUGUCGGCUAUUAUUAAAGUGAUUGGAGCAUUCCUCAUAAGAAAGUCGACAGAUGGAGAUGGCUAUACGUUGUCAGUUGCUUGUGAAGACGGGCCGAAAAAGUUUAAAAUAACUUGUCAGGGAAGCCAGUUAGUAAUGGAUGGGAACACAUUUGACGACAUGUCCAAACUGAUAGAGUACUACUUCACGAACAACCUUCCACACAAGAGUCACACACUUAGUAAACCUUAUUCAGAACUUUGGUCUUCGACUUAACGCUUCAUACUUAACAUACACACACCCCAUCACUCACACAAACAUAAACACACUCACACACACACACACUUACAUGAAACACUACACUACUCAAAUUAUGCAUUAACUUUUAAUGUAAUCAAUACAUUUCUGUGAGUGAAUUGAAAUUAAACAAAUGAUUAAACAAUUAAACUUUAAAUAAACAAAUUUGCGCGUGCAUAUAUGAGGUGUAUGUGAGUUUUUUCAACUAUCAAAAUGAUACAAAGUGUAAUAUAUGUGUGUGUGUGUGUGUGUGUGUGCACGGGCUAAGUUUAUGUAAGUAUAUGUUUAUGUGGCGAUUCUCACACUCACACGGACGUUUCAUUCAAUUCGAUGACAUUUUUUUAAACGAGAUAUUAUGUGUGUGCUUGUGUGUGUGUGCUUGUGUGUGUGUGCAUUUGUCUGAGUAUGUUUGUGUAUAUCUGUUGUGUGUGUGUGUACAUUUUCUGUAACAAUUUAUAAUAAUAUAUAUUGGAUUAUUUGUGGUAUAUUGCAUAAUCCAGAAAAACAUCGAAAAUUAGAGUAUAAUUAAUAACGACGUUAUUCAUCUUUAUAAUUUUAUGUGUUUAAAAAUAUUUUAUCCGUCAAUCUAUUUAUUUAUAUAAUAGUAUAUCUCGAUAACGAUGGAUAACUAAAUAUCAAUUUAUUCAUACCACUAAACUAUAAUUAUAUAAACAGUUGUGUGAUCUAUAGAUAUGUUAUCAAAAUCAGUUAUUGAAAAUUAAUAAUAUAUAAUUUU